AUGGCGUUUUCUCCGAUUAUCACAGCUACUAUUCAAUCUGCGGUUCUUGCGGCUACAUCUAACCUUCUAGCGCAAGGCCUGACGGCGUAUCAGAAUGAGGCUCCUCUUGUUAUCGACUGGGUGCCAGUCUUCCAAUUUGUCCUUUACGCAUUUCUCAAUAUACCACCUAACUUCUUAUGGCAAGAGUUUCUAGAGGAGUCCUUCCCGGCGUACCAUAUAACGCCUACAUCCGCCGCUGUGGCUUCCGCGGCAGCAAACGACGAGAAGGCGCUUGAGAAAGAAGAGGAAGAGGGCAAGUUGGUAGAACGUAAACUUCACAUUGGCAACACGGCCGUCAAGAUGAUUCUAGACCAAACCGUCGGCGCAGUCGUCAACACCUUUCUCUUCAGCCUAUUUAUACAUUCCAUCCAAGAAGCUAUGCUACGACCCUUAGGUGUACCGCUUAGCGGCCCAGCGAAGAGCGCCCAGUAUCUAUUCUCUCGUGGUGCUAUCAACUAUAGUAAAGUCAAUUGGGCGAGUGUGAUCGCUCGUAGCCGCGCUGAGUUCUACGAGCUCCUCGUCGCUGGAUGGAAGGUGUGGCCAGUCAUAAGCUUGAUCAACUUUGCCUUUAUUACAAGCAUCCAGGGCCGAAACCUGGUCGGUAGCCUUGCUGGCGUUGGCUGGGGCAUUUAUAUGAGCCUUAUUACCGCUCGUUAG